GUGAAGUUGAAGCUAAAUUUCGUAAGCUAUAAAGUAGUUACGGGGGGGCGCUUUUGGUUUCCAAUUAGGAAUAAUACUGGCUCCUUAGCAAGUACCGAGGAGGAGGAUUUUAAAACCAUUUCGCCCAUCCCAAAGCCCGCAUCCUCCUCCUUCGGCCGCACCCCCCCCAUUCAUGAGCAAGAAAAAGGAGUCGGGGAGUGCUCUGGAUCUUUGAUAGUGGGGCGCGGAGAGGUCGCCGGCGUUGCUUAUUUGGACCGCUGGCAUGAGUGCAAUUAAGAGUCGGGCACCUCCUCAGCUUUUGCAGCCGGCGAGGACGGAAGUGAUCUGAAAGAAACAUCCGGAAUUCCUGUCCCCAAAAGGACUCGGAGCCGCCUCAAAUGCCGGGAAACUAAAGAGCAAACGUCGGAAAUUAUUAUGUCGAUUUUCCAAGGAACCGGGUUUGCCAAACGGAAUAGAAGAAAACGCCUGCGAGGUUCUGCCAGCAUUUGAUAUCCAGGAUUGCCCGAAUUGCCAUGGAUGAGCACAUUUCCUACACUUGUAUCUUCUGACUUCAAAGAAAAUAUUUUCUGUUUGCUGCCCUGGCUUUUUACCAUCAUACACUGUCUUUAGUGCAGACUUCAACUUCAUUCAACAUACGCGUUCAUAUUUUUGCCUAGUAUGACCUCCAGUUGAAAGCUAAUUUUUGGUUUUGGAUGAAUCUGUGGAGCCUGCGUUGUAAGAAGAAAGAAGGAACCAGACACAAUGAAAGAAAAGUCCAAAAAUGCUGCUCGGACUAGGAGGGAGAAGGAAAACAGUGAAUUUUAUGAACUGGCUAAAUUAUUGCCUUUGCCCUCAGCUAUCACCUCGCAGCUGGACAAAGCAUCCAUAAUCAGACUCACCACCAGCUAUCUCAAAAUGAGAGUGGUGUUCCCAGAAGGGCUAGGAGAGGCAUGGGGUCACUCCAGUCGCACAAGUCCCUUGGACAACGUUGGCCGUGAGCUGGGCUCCCAUCUACUCCAGACGUUGGAUGGCUUCAUCUUUGUGGUAGCCCCAGAUGGGAAGAUCAUGUACAUCUCAGAGACAGCCUCAGUUCACCUGGGUCUUUCUCAGGUAGAGCUGACUGGAAACAGCAUUUAUGAAUAUAUUCACCCAGCAGACCACGAUGAGAUGACUGCAGUGCUCACAGCACACCAGCCCUACCACUCUCACUUCGUACAGGAGUAUGAGAUUGAGCGCUCUUUCUUCCUGAGGAUGAAGUGUGUUUUGGCCAAGAGGAAUGCUGGGCUCACCUGCGGUGGCUACAAGGUCAUUCACUGCAGCGGCUAUCUGAAGAUCCGCCAGUACAGCCUGGACAUGUCCCCCUUUGACGGCUGCUACCAGAACGUGGGCCUGGUGGCGGUGGGCCACUCGCUGCCUCCUAGCGCGGUCACCGAGAUCAAGCUGCAUAGCAACAUGUUCAUGUUCCGCGCCAGCCUUGACAUGAAGCUCAUCUUCUUGGACUCCAGGGUGGCGGAGCUGACUGGUUACGAGCCUCAGGACCUGAUUGAGAAGACCCUGUACCACCACGUGCAUGGCUGCGACACCUUCCACCUGCGCUGUGCGCACCACCUGCUGCUGGUGAAGGGGCAGGUGACCACCAAGUACUACAGGUUCUUGGCGAAGCACGGCGGAUGGGUUUGGGUGCAGAGCUACGCGACCAUCGUGCACAACAGCCGCUCCUCCCGGCCUCACUGCAUCGUCAGCGUCAACUACGUCCUCACAGACACAGAGUACAAGGGGCUGCAGCUCUCUCUGGAUCAGAUCUCAGCUUCCAAACCAGCCUUCUCCUAUGCCAGCAGCUCCACCCCCACCAUGACUGAUAACAGAAAGGGGACCAAGUCGAGGCUUUCCAGCUCAAAGUCAAAAUCCAGGACAUCCCCUUACCCUCAGUAUCCAGGGUUCCACACGGAAAGAUCGGAGUCAGAUCACGACAGCCAGUGGGGCGGGAGCCCCCUGCCCGACGCGGCCUCCCCGCAGCUCCUGGACCCGGCUGAGCGCGCGGGCGCGCAGCACGACGCGUCCUGCGCCUACAGGCAGCUCUCGGAGCGCGGCCCGCUGUGCUACGGCUUCGCGCUCGACCCCUCGCGGCUGGCGGAGGACCGGCACUUCCAUGGCCAGGCCUGCGAGGGCGGCCGCUGCGAGGCGGGCAGGUACUUCCUGGGCGCGCCGCAGGCCGGGAGGGAGCCCUGGUGGGGCUCUCGCGCAGCCCUGCCACUGACCAAGGCCUCCCCGGAGAGCAGGGACGCCUACGAGAGCGGCCUGCCGCACAUCGCCGCCGCGGUGCACAGGAUCCACGGGCGAGGUCAUUGGGAUGAAGAUAGUGUGGUCAGCUCUCCAGACCCUGGAUCAGCCAGUGAAUCAGGUGACCGAUACCGCACUGACCAGUAUCAGAGUAGCCCACAUGAACCUAGCAAAAUUGAAACUCUGAUAAGAGCUACCCAGCAAAUGAUUAAAGAAGAAGAGAACAGAUUGCAGCUAAGGAAAGCUCCCCCAGACCAACUGGCUUCCAUUAAUGGGGCAGGGAAAAAACACUCCCUCUGUUUUGCAAACUACCCACAGCCCCCACCAACAGGCGAAGUCUGCCACAGCUCUGCUCUGGCCAACACUUCACCAUGUGACCACAUCCAGCAGAGAGAGGGAAAGAUGCUGAGCCCCCAUGAAAAUGACUAUGACAAUAGUCCCACUGCACUGUCUCGGAUAAGUAGUCCCAAUUCUGAUCGCAUUUCAAAAUCCAGCUUGAUCCUAGCUAAAGACUAUCUACAUUCGGAUAUGUCUCCUCAUCAGACAGUGGGAGACCAUGCUGCUGUUUCUCCAAACUGCUUUGGUUCUCACCGGCAAUAUUUUGAUAAGCAUGCUUACACAUUAACCGGAUAUGCCCUGGAGCACUUGUAUGACAGUGAAACUAUUAGAAACUAUUCCCUGGGCUGCAAUGGUUCACACUUUGAUGUAACUUCCCAUCUGAGGAUGCAGCCAGACCCCGCACAAGGGCACAAGGGAACAUCUGUUAUAAUAACCAAUGGAAGCUGAUGGUUUUUUUCUUUAAAAACUUUGUUCUUCAAGGAUCUCUGAAACAUAUUUAUAGUUUAAUGUCCCAUUACCAGCAUUUAGUAUGCCACAGAUUGUUAGAAAAACAAUUACUGGUAUUCGACAUGUGUUCCUGUGAAAUCAAAGAAAAAAUGAUACUAACUUCCAGGGUUAUAUACAGGAAGCUAAUGUGAACACACAAAUUGCCCCUCUAAUUGUGUGGGAACCAGAAUAGAUGUAUUUUGAAUGGAAAAAGGUUCAUUCAAAUCAAGUAAACAUAUACCCCCAGUGAAAGGGCUGAAGAAUGACCUUGUAUUGUGAUGAUCCAGUGAAAUCCAUGCAUGCAGACAGCUGUUCACAAACUUCUAUGUAUACUUUACAUGCAAACUAGAAAACACAUACCAUAAAUAUAAACACCAAGGGGUACCUUUCCUUAACUUUACCACAUCAAGGUUCUUAAAUAAAUUCCUGUUCACAACAUAACUAAGGAAGAGAGGGACACAUCCUUAUAAGCUGACUUUGUGAUUUCAAACAAGUCAGCCCAUUUGGUUCAGGCAUAAAUUAGAGUACUUGUUCUGGCUAUGGUGCAAGAAUGAGUGCUCACCUGAUGCCCACUAUAAACAAUCAGGAAGUGGAGGUUUUUUUUUUUUUUUUUAAUCUUACUUUUGAGUUAGACAAGGACAAGGGUUGCACGACAUAGCAGUAAGGGUUUUUCUAAGAGACAGCAUUGAGAUGUUGGGAGACACAUCAGAAAUGUGGUGUGCUCAACUGGAGGUUAGUUUAGUGAAGAUGGAAAGACCAGAAGCAGAGUGGAAUGAAAUUACAUCUUAAAAAAUUUAAGGCUCAGAAUAGGUAAACAAUAUAUUUUGGGCUUGCUAAUAAAACCAAUGAAAUAAAACAUUCAAACCAAUUCCCCAAGAAAAAAGAUUGAUAAGUGCAAAAAUGACUAAAGAAAGCGAGUGAAGUGCUACAUGACAGCAAUGUAAGUGUUUGAAAAUAUUUCAGAGCAUAGAUGAGCUAGUGCAUCAGCAUGUGGAAAGCCUUGGGAGAGAAUCUAAGAUAAAAGCUUAGGCAAAUAGACAAAUGUUUAAAAGGGUGAGGGGAGUGGAGCAGGCAAAUGCUUAUUUUCCUUCUUGUUUGUAAACAAUGAAAGAACAAAUUUGCUAUUAUAGCUAUGUAGUACUUAGCAGGUGUCUGGGUUAAUUACACAGGUGUAGUUACCACGAACUUUUUCUUAGAUCCAGCCAAAAUUUAGGUGACAGAAAAUGUUUAAAGGGGAAGAAAAAUACUAACAUUCAUUUAAUGUAUGGGUUCUCCAGUAAUUAAAGCAAAAUGACAUGGGUGAUGAAAGAAAUUUCAUUGAUAAUAUUUCAUAAGGGUCCCAUUUCUUUAAAUCUUUCCUUAUUUCAGGAAGGGAAUGUACUGAAAGAAUUUGACUUAUAACAGAUCAUGACAUUGGAUCCUCAGGAAUUUCAUCAUUUAAUAAGGCCAUUUGACAGUGUUUUGAGAGAUGACCUCAAGGUUGUUUGUACAUGAGAAAAGAGGCUAUAUAAAAUUAAAUAACUUUCUUGGAACAUUUGCCAGGAUAAAUACAAAAAGGUGCAAGUAGGUGAGAAAGGUAGUAGUUAUUGUAUAUACUUUCAAAAAUUUUCAAAGUACAAUAAAAACUAAAUUUUAAACUAUAUAAGAAAAUUAUUUGAGAAAAUUAUUUAUGAGAAACUCCUGAAAAAUUUAAAAAGGAUUUUUAUUAAUUUGCAUCAAGUAAUAUUUUAAGAAUGCUAAAGAUAUUACAAAGUUGUACAAAUGGAUAAAUGUUUCAAAGGCACAAAUACGUGACAAAUAUGACAAAUAUACAGAUGGGUUGUAUUGAUAUAUUGAACCAAAUGUGUCAGUAAUAAAUACUAUAAGAGAAAUAGAAGCUUGAAAAUCAAGGAAAAUGAACCAAUAAUAAAAAAGACAGUUACUAAGGGGUUUCCACUGACAUUUUUUGUAUAACAAAUCGUUAUUUAGAGAAAAGAAUGAAUUAUGAACUCCCAAAGGUAGCAGUUACUUAGAGAAAGAAUGUUUCUUAAAAUGGUAUGCUUAGUAUUUUUAACAGAAGACAGAAUUAACUAAUUUACUUUCCUUUUGGUCCUGGGAAUUGAACCCAAGGUCUUCACACUGAUCUACAACCCCAGCCCUGUUUAUUUUUUGAAGCAAGUUCUUACUCAGUUGUGUAAGCUCAUCUUGAACUUCUCAUCUUUUUGGCUUAACUUCCCAAAGAGCUGGGAUUAUAGGCAUGUACCACUACACCUGGACUAAAUUAGAUCUCACUUAAAAAUUUUGAUAGAUUAACCUAGUUUAAAAUACAUAACCAUUUAUUUAAUGUAAUGAGUAUCAAUAAUUUUAUUAGAUUGUGCACUGCAUUAUAGACUUAGUGUUAUAUACCUUAUUUUUUUACAGUAUGUCAUGAUUAUUACAGAAUGUUCCAGAAUAAAUUGAUAUUUUCUGACAAGGCAAUUUUCUGCUAUUCAAGAUGUAUAAAAUACACUUACCAUUUUUUUUUGUUCAGGAGCAUAUUUCCUAAUAAGGAUGAUGUCAUCUGUGUCUUAAAAACAUAGGGCGUAAAAUAAACAUGUUCCCAGUAACUUAAUCAGUUGGAAAUUAAACUUAAAUUGGCUUUGGGGAGGGAGUGAAAUAGGGUCUCACUUUGUAGUUGAGGCUGGCCUAGAACUUCCUAUCCUCGACCUUGUGGUGAUCCUCUUGAGUGGGUGUGCCACCAUGUCUGGCUAUAUUGGCUUUAUUUUUAUCCUUGAUUUCCAUAAUUGUGCUGAGAUGCUAAAAACCAUGGCAACUGAAUGAAAUAGGUAUGCCUUUUAAUAUCGCUUUUGUAAUUCAUAAAAAUGUGCUAUAUCCAAUUAUACUGCUGCAGUAUGUACCAAUUUAUUAGAUGCCACCAAGCUCAUGCUUUUAAGUAAUAGUAAAAAUAUAUCUGUUGCCCAUUUUGCCUAUAUUACCUGAUUUAUUUAUUUAUCUAUUUUUUGGUACUUGGGAUCAAACUCAUGACCUUCUGUUUGCCAGGCAGAUGCUUUGCCACUGAGCUAUAUCCCCAGCCCUUACCUAAUUUAAAAAUUUGGAUGACCAAAGAAAACAAAUUAAUAUUCUCAAUAUUCAUUGGGAAAAUUCUGUUUAAACCAUUAUUGAGAGUGUAUCAAUCUGAUGAAUUAGUUUUGGAUGCAUGAUAUUAAGAUAAUAGUCACUGCAGACCAGAUAGUUAGGUGUGCUUCAGCCCCAAAAGUCUUUGCCAUGUUAUGCUGAAUCUAACGUGCUAGCUUUUCUAAACUGUAAUUGCCUGGUACAAGAUAAUAUGAUAGUUCUGAUGGGACAUUAAAAAUGAGACAGGAUGUAAUAAAUGACUUGCCUUCAGUGUUUAGACAGAAAACUGCUUAUUAUUUACUGAUUAUAUUUUGACAGGUUAGGAUAUUUCCACUGGGUACUGUUGUUAAUUCUCUCUGCAUCCUGCUAUCACAUAUUGCCUCUGGGCAGAGAAUCCCGCUUGUUUUAAUGGGAUCUUGUAGAGAAGGAUAAUAUGUUCCAUUUUUGCUUCUUUUUAAAAAUGAAAGAUGAGGAUCAAUUCUAACACACAACCAUUGGAAAAUAUGUGUGGAUAUUUUAAAAUAAAAGGAAAGAACCCCCCCCCCCGACCAAAGCCAAAUAAUUUUGAUAGAAGAUAAUACAGCUCAAGAGACAUUCUGAAUACAGAUUAGAAUUUUACAGCUCUCUUUGAAGAGCAGGGCAUUAUUAAGAAAUUCAAUGCAAUCUGUUAGUACUAGUAGUACUUGGGAGUGAGAGAGUAAAUGCUGAUAUUUAGAAAACUCAGUAUCCAUUUGAGAGUUAGUCACCUUGUCUGGUGCAAUAGUUUACACUUCAAUAUCGUCCUAAUUUUAAAAGUUUGGUUGUCUAGAACUAGCUUCCUAGUUCACUUAAAUCAUAGAUAUAGACAUACAUCCUCUGUCCAGAAUGAUUUAAUAAAGAAUGUAAAUCCUUCAUUCUUUCAAAUGAUUCAAAUACAUGUAAAUGUCAUUUUUGUGAAAAGAGACAUAAAUAUAAAUGAAAGAAAAAUCUAUUGGUUGGUUCUUACUGUGAAACAAACUUGAUAAAACAUCAUUCUAAAUUUUAAAUGAAUUAGAGAACAUCUGUGGACACAUGCAAAAGAUAUACAUAGAAAAUGUUCUUGGGGAAAAUUUUUGCGUGGUGCUCAGUUCUUGUGCACAAAGAUUGUACGGGUAGAGCUUAAAGAUAAAAUUGUACCCAUUUCCAAAUAGAUGUCUGUUCAGAGUUCCUUCUCUAACAUUGUAUGCAGGAAGGAUAUGUAUCCCCUCCCCCAUAUGGUUUUUGUAUCAUCUUAGGGAUUUAAAAAAUGUGCCAUAUCCAAUUUUAUAUGUAAAUCAUUCACACAAGAAACCCUACUUGAUAAUUUUAAACCAAACAUUUGUAGUUUUAUUUAUUGCAAUUUUGCUGCAUGGGACUUUGCUUUUAUAACGCUAGAUGGGAGGAGUUUGUCUUAAUUUGCUAUCUGGGACACAUUUAAUCACAGUUAAAUUUGUACCUAACUAUCCAUAUGUAAUUUCAGAACAAAUGAAAUUGGCCUGGAAAAAUUUUUAGAAGUACUGUAACUUUUUUCAUUUUUUCCAUAGGAAAUAUUUCAAAAAUUAAACACAAUGAGCAGGCACUUCAAGACAGAGAAAAUAUUUUAUGUUUGCUUUUUGACUGAAAUGCUAUAAAAAGGAUUAUAUUUGUGAGAGAAGAUACUGAUUGUCAAUAUUCCAAAUACCAUCUUGCAAUGUAUAGUUUUUAGUGAUAUUUUAGAAUAAAGCUGUAAUUGGAACUUUUA